UCUGUUUCUGUUUAUCCCUUAGCCAGACUCGUGCCUAUAGAGUGUGGAUGUAAGAAUGAUCCAGUUUUUAACGCCCAGUGGACAUUUUGUAUUUGUUUUUAUUUCAAUGCAUCGUUAAAUGUUUAAUUUAAACAUAGAGAGAGUGGUUGACAUCACUGGCCAAACAAGUGCUUAGAACAUGAUAGGGUAUUUGUCAGUUUAAUAAGAAGAUCGGUUUUAUUUUCGGAUGCUUGCUGGAAUUGAAUAUCGUGUUUGGACGGAUUUGCAGUUUCAGGAUGGAACACAGACUUACGUUGCCGGUGCCCAUGUACCAUACUGAUUUGAAUCUCUGGUCAAUUUUAAAAAAUUGUAUCGGGAAGGAACUAAGCAAAAUUACGAUGCCGGUGGUUUUCAACGAACCUCUCAGCUUUCUUCAAAGAAUGGCGGAAUAUAUGGAAUACGCCCAUCUUCUCAAAAUUGCGGCCCAACAAGAAGAUCCUGUCACUCGUAUCCAAUAUGUUGUAGGCUUUGCGGUAAGUGCUUUGGCUUCCAAUUGGGAAAGAUUAGGCAAACCUUUCAACCCUCUACUGGGCGAGACGUACGAACUAGAAAGGGAAGACUUCAAAAUUAUUUGUGAACAAGUCAGCCACCAUCCGCCAGUAUCGGCGUUCUAUGCAGAAACCGCAGAUUGGCAUUUUCACGGUUCCGUCCAUCCGAAACUGAAAUUUUGGGGUAAAAGUGUGGAAAUUCAGCCCAAGGGCACUCUAACUGUAGAGUUUCCAAAGCUAAAGGAGGCUUACACAUGGACUAAUGUGACUUGUUGCGUCCACAAUUUAAUCAUGGGAAAAAUGUGGAUUGAACAGUGUGGUAACAUGGAGAUCGUAUCGCACCUGUCGGGUCAUAGAGCGCAUUUGACCUUCAAACAAGCAGGAGGUAGUUCCAGAGAUUUGCAUAGGGUCGAAGGUUUUGUUACUGAUAAAUCCAAAAACAAACUCUUUUACGUAUACGGCAAGUGGACGGAAUUUAUAAAGACCGCACAGUAUCACGCGUAUGAAGAAUACAUGAAAGAAAACGGGUACAAGUUUGACAACUCCAAGCCAAAAAGCAGAAGUCCCAACGACUCACCGUCUCACACUUCUAAAAAAAUGCUGCAAAAAUUUAACAGCCUAAAAGUUGCGCCAUUUAAAUCGCAAAAUUCCACUCAGGAACCAGAUGACUGCGGCAAUCAAGAUAGUCCGGACGAAGUUCCAAAAGGCGAUUCAGUUUUUCAAAUCGACAUCCCUAAUUCUGUAACCAUAUGGAAAGUGAACCCUAGACCCUUACAAAGCGCCGAUUACUACCAAUUCACUUCUUUCGCCAUGUCUUUGAACGAGCUGGAACCAGGAAUGAGCCAGAACCUUUGCCCAACUGACUCUCGUUUGCGACCCGAUAUUAGAAAACUAGAACAGGGUGAUAUAGAUGGCGCAGCGACCGAAAAAACUAGACUGGAAGAAAAGCAGAGAGAAGCAAAUAAACAUCGCAAAUGCAAAAAUUCAACUCAGUGGAGUCCAAGAUGGUUUCAUCAUGGAAUCAACUCCUAUACUCAGCAGGAGGACUGGUUAUACAAUGGCAAUUAUUGGAUGAGGCAAUAUUCAGAUCCAGAUAUUUUUUAAAUGAAAAAAAGUUGCAACCCGUAGUAUUUGCCCAAUAAACUAUUAGAAUACCUCUAGAGGUAGUAUUAACAGAAGCAAAUUAUUGUACUUAAAUUGCGUAAUAGUAUUUGUUCAAAAAAUAUAAAAGUGUUCCAAAAUGGAAGAUCGUCGAUAGCUGGUUAAUAGAGCCAAGUGAUAUAACUGAUGUGAUUUGUAGAUUGAGUAGAGUUUUUGUGUAGUUCACGCAAGUUGACAAGCAAAGGCAAUAUCUUCAUUGACCAUUCAGUAUAACAAGUUAUCAACAUUUUACGUAUAUAGACCCUUCGCUUAUCACUUUGUCUGUAUAUCUUCCUGUAAUUAUCAAGAAAUGAAGAAUUAUAUAUAUUGUUUAUAAAUUAAUUCCACCCUGAGCAGUAUAUUUUUUAAAAUGAUAUAGAUGAGAACGCCCUUUAAAAAACGUUCAAGCGUCAAUUAGUUAAUAAUAUAUUCACAAAUACGUAGUGUAUCAAUUCCCGAGCAAUUUCUGUUGAACUACUAAGCUUCAGAUAUCGAUCACUGGUACCAAGAAAUUUUAAACAUCAAGCAAAUAGAACCAUGGAGUAAAUUUGGGGCACUAAUGUUAAUAAGGAAUUAACGACCUAAGAUUUAAUGUUUUAAAUAUCCGAUUUGGUACCUUUAUAAUAUUAGAAAGGCAAUAAUUAAUUGUUGAUAGAUACAUUUGUGUGUAGAUCUAAUGAUUAUUAUGUAAUUUGCGGUAUAUUGGGUCGCCUAUUGUCGAUUUUAAAUUUCCUGUUUGUGCAAUUUUGUUCUGUUAAACAUUUUUUAGAAAUUGUUGAUUAUUGGUAGGUAUUAGUAGCGUAGUAGCACUAGUUCGCGUUUUUUAUUAAAUACCUAAUAAAACUGAAUCGAAUUGUUGAAACGGGAAAAAGCAGAUAUUCUGUUGGAUACAAACUUAAAGGGAAAAUUUAAAAAUUGCACAAAUCUUAUUGUUUGUUGUCCUUUUAAAAAUCAUCUAGCCCGCUGUUUUUAGAACAGUGUGUGUACUUACUCUAUAUCCAUGAAGAAAAUACCCCAAAAAUAUAUGUACCUGCCUAAACGCCAUUACAAGUAUAACGGUGCUGCAUUUCAUCUUGACAGUCAAUGUAAUAAUUGGGAUCACAUUUAUUAUUUAAAAAAAAUAGGUAUUGCGCAUUGCGGAAACGUUGUCUUAAAUAAAUAAUUUA